AUGAAAUACGCAGAUAUAUCUCAUUUUAGCCACCCAAAACAUAACCUCAGAUACGACUACACUGAGAAGCCCUUCCAGUGUGAUGGCUGCAAUGAAGUCGGGAUUGGCUCUCACUAUCGCUGCUCAAAUGAUCAUCAAAGCUGCGAUUUCGAUCUCCAUGCACAUUGCGCCUUACCUUCCGCCUCCAUAACACAUCCGUUCUACAAAAAAUGUAAGUUUCAGUUUUUGGCCAAGCCGCCAGGGAAUGAGAGACGGUACUGCAACGCAUGCCGGAAGGACGUGUCAGGCUUCGUGUACCAUUGCAAGGCAUGCGGGUUUGAUCUUCACCCGUGUUGCGCUAUGCUUCCUAUGGUUUUGGACGAUGGAGAGACCAAACUCUUCCUUUACCGCAAAGUUAGCUCGUCUUGUCAUCGAUGUGGAAGAAAAGGCCGUAGCUGGAGUUACAGGUCGUCUUGCAAAACGUACAAUCUCCACGUAGCGUGCGUGAGGGAGAUGUUGGUGGAGAAUUGGUGGGAGCUGUACAAAGGAGAACGUGGUAAAAGCAUAGAAGGCAAGAGCCUGGCUUUGAAGAACACGCUUGAACAUCACCACCGUAGCAGCAGCAAAGGCAAAGUCCAGAAAUGCUGUGAGAUCGCUGGAAUGGCCGUGCAGUUCGUUAUCUCCGCCGUGCUUGGCGAUCCAACGGCCCUUAUCGCCGGGGUUGUAGGUUCUCUCAUCUCCCGAGGAUGAUCCACCUUCUAAUUAAUGAUAUCUCCAUUUUCCUACUUUGCGUGUGUUAAUUAUCGUGUUAUAUAAAAAAACUCUUACUAAACUAGGAGAUCCUCUGACCAGUGAAGAUUUAUUCGACCAACUUCCAUGUCUACAAGACAAAGUCUAAUAUGAAACCAAGAAACAAUAAUAAUAGUUAAGAGAGUGUAGUUUUUGUUUAUUUGAUGUGUUUUUGAUAACAAAAAAAACAUUCAACAAUAUUGUUA